AUGCGGAGUCAUGUCCACGUGUCUCCCUGUCAUGAGGCCAAAUUCUCCUUCAUCAACAUUGUUGUGACAGGUGAUGAUAUCACAGGUAUCUCUCAGUUAAAGUCAUUCCUUGCUUUUGAAUUUGAGAUUAAGGACCUUGGUGAAUUCCGAUACUUUCUUGGCAUUGAAUUUGCACGAUCCAAGAAGGGGAUUUUUCUGUCACAAAGGAAAUAUGUAAUUGAUUUGCUUCGUGAGGUUGGGAAAUUAGGGUGUAAGCCUGUAGAAACUCCAAUUGAUCCCAUCCACAUGUUGAACUCUAUUGAAGAAGAAAUUCUUCUAGAUAGGGGGAUGCUGAUUGGGCAAGGUCCAUCGAUGAUAGAAGAUCUACAUCUGGUUACUGUGCCUCGGUUGGAGGCAAUUGUGGUUUUCUGGAGAAGUAAGAAACAAUCUGUGCUUGCUCGUUCUAGUGCUGAGGCAAAGUAUAGGGUAAUGACUCAUGAAGUGUUUGAACUACUCUGGUUGAAGACCUUAUUGACUAAGAUGGGCAUCCAAGCAAAUGUUCCAAUGGGAAUAUACUGUGACAAUCAAGUGCUUAUUUAA